AUGUCCUCCGCGAUUGCUUUCAUCUUCGGCGAGCAAACAAGAAUCAAUCCCGUACAACUAGGCAGCUAUGCCACCCAACACGUUAUCGAUCAAUUCACAAGUGUUGGAGCGACCGUUGCACAUGGACUCACCGCUAACCAGGACACGACACCGACGAACACCAAUGUGAUGUCGUUAGUCGAUGACACCUGUCGUGUCCCACAUCCCCGAUACGUCCGUGGCAGGGCCGCAGCCAGAGCAUCGCAAACCUUCGGCCGCUUCACGCCCAACUUACCACCUCGUUUAAGGAAAGCGAGACCAGGACGGCGCGAGCGUGCACUGCUGCGCCUCCAACGGCAGGCGGGUAUUUCCCAUGAUCCUACUUCCCGCCAGCAAGGUCCGGGUGUCGUCGCGACGCCAGGAGAUAGCACUAUCAACGCACCAACGGAGGCGUCCAAUGUCGUUCCACCUCAGGCUGAGCACAGGAUACCGCAAGGACCCGCAACACCCGACGACCUGCCUCCUCGCCGGAGGGCGAAGCCGGGCCGCCGAGAGCGUGCCCUUCGACGGCUUCAGCGACAAGGAGGGCUACUCCAGGAUCACGCGACCUCGGCCCUUGGCCCGACGCAGGGUCCUGAUCCUACUCUGCCGCCGACGCCGACGACUCCUGUGAAUGCUUCUUCGCCGGGGGGAGAGCGGGCUGUGGUAGGAACAGACAAUGCUCAGUUUUUGCUUGAAGAGCGACCCGACUGCGCGAACGCUCUGCCCGAAGUCGCUCACAUUGAGAAUGCUGCCGCCUCGCAGCACGAUCAACCCUCCUCUUCCCCACCACCCUACGACCCGAUCGUACUGGGACUGGAAGCGGCACGAUUCAUCCUGGAACAGCAUGGAUCGAGCCAAUAUCCGGCGGUGGCUAUGACACACUAUCACCCACAGUAUCCAGUUGCAGUGGAGCAACAACAGCUUGUGGAUGGGGCGAUCGAGAGGCAACACGCCGCGUCAGGCGAGGGUAGGUCGAUGGCGGUCCGUUUCGAGUACGCUGAGGGCGGCUCAUUUUCGCGAAUGGCCGUCCUCACGGACUGGUCCCCGCACUACUGGCAGCCAAGGCCGUUCAUGUCUAGCUUGCCUCCCAACGCUGUCAGCCGGGAGGCCGUAGCAAUACCCAUUCGCGUCUUGCAGAACACUCGGUAUGGCACCGGCGAGCCCGAAGCGCCGUAUGCUUACUCCAGCCCGUGGACCGUCCCUACGGGUCGUCAAGCACCGGAAACGAUGGUUCCAGCACCCUACGUAGCGCCAGCGAGCACUGCGCUGCCGCAAGGAGGUUUCCCUCCCGAGCGAGCUGAGACUCCGGAUGCCCCCGACCUAACACAAUUCCCCGCGGUGCCUGAGCCGUCCAGUCUUGCUCUGACCCAGGCUCUAUAUCCCUUUGUCGACUGUCCAGGGCCCUGUCCUGCGGAUUGCCCUAGGCGAUUGAUGUCGGCGCGCGCAUACUCUCGCCGCCGCUACCGCCGCCAUGGUAUGUCGCGCCUUCCCUGCCCCAUGCGAUUCGAUCCCUUCGAUGAGUAUCUGGACAGCGAAGGGGGCGCGCCGCAGUGCUGUCAUGCAGCAGACGAGGUAGAGCCCGCUUCUCCUACCUCACCCGUUUCUCCAGCAACAGCGACGUCUACAUCAGUGCCGACGCCGUGGACGGCCAGCUUCAAUGCCGACCUCAGUCCCUGUUCGUCGCGCAAGGGACUUGCGCAGUCCGGCGAGGAAAUCCUAUACACGACGUGUUCGGGCAUCCCUGUCAGGCGCGAGAGGAAGCGCGUUGGCCUUGUUGAAGGAGAGCACCAGUCAACGCCUUGGUGGUAUCUCGACCAGAGGGAAGCCCACCGGUAUCUUGAGCUGCUUGAAUACCUCGAGCACCGCGCCGUAUUACGCGUGAAGGCUAAGCUGGACAACUUCGAGGAGAGCGACCGUCCCCCAUUGAUGCCGCUCUGGAUUCAUUUCCCCCAGCUCCUUCCCCCGGUCUUCGACGCGCCGCCCGAGAAUAUGCUGCAGCUCCAGCUCAGCGGGAACUGA